GUAAUUUCAAUCGUUUAAUUUUCCCAAGUGAAAAAAAAACACCCAGAAUCCUUACUUCGGGAAUAAUUUUAUGCAUUAAAAAAAAAAAAAUAAUUAUGUCGAAAAUAGUUGAGAACCCAGUUCUAAUGCCGAAUAUGUUGAAACUCCUUCGAACCCUUGUACCAAAAUUGACAAAAGAAAAAUAUAAAGGACAGUAUGGUCGAAUAGGGGUUAUUGGUGGUUCUGCGGAGUAUACAGGAGCGCCUUACUUUGCAGCUAUAAGUUCAAUGAAAGUUGGUGCGGACUUAGCUCACGUCUUUUGCCAAUCGAGUGCCGCCACCGUUAUUAAGUGCUACAGUCCUGAUAUAAUUGUACACCCGGUGUUAGAUAAGGAGAAUGCUGUAGACAUGAUAAUACCGUGGAUUGAACGAUUACACGUUGUUGUAAGUUGUGGCUAAGAUGUAUAGCAAUUGUUACAAAUUCAAGUACAAUGAAGUUUAUUCUGUUUGGUUUAACAUUAA